UUGGCAAAGGCAGCGUGCUUCAUUUCAUAUGGGUCUUCUGAGGCAUGUGAAGCAGGGGCUGGCGGUGUCGCUCGAUGGAGAGCUGGUCGGAGUAGCGGAGGAAUGCCGCGAACAUGAGGAGUGGGAUCAGUCCUUUCUGAUAUUCUGCCGGGCUGCUCGACUCAAGGAAGGGGUGUGCCAUGGCGUGCACCUGGUGGAGCGACAAGGGUUCCUUCGUCCUGGUGGUGCACGGGCCGUGGCGUUUGGAGAAUUCACGAACUUGUGAAGUGAAAGGCCCGCUAGUGGGAGAGGGUUCUCCGGUCAUCCGAUGUGCAAAUGCGACGGCGGAGCACGUAAGGGAUAUGGCGGAUACUGUGGCCUGAUUGUUGAGGGCAUAGACAAGGUAGAGCACUAGAGUAGUGUCUGUGGCAGGCAGGUAGCUCAGCUUGACCUUCGUGCAAAAGGAGCGGAACUUGAGCCAAUACGGCUCGUAGGUCCUUAUGGUGGAUGGCGCGCGGACAUGACUGAUUACCCGAAGUAGCUGUGUCUGUAGUUUUGAUAAUAAGCCUGAAAUACAGAG